UCAAUUAUUGACUGAGGUCCAUAUUUGCCCCCCCCUCCCCUCUAUCUCUCUCAAGAAACCAGUAGCUCUCUGUUUCUCGUCCAAUUGGAUAUCUCUGACAGACAACACCCUACCUGAUACACGCAGACCUCUCUAACACACAUCAACAUACUCUGUUUUGCUUAUUUGUUUGUUUCUCUAUUUUCCAAGCGCUCCUUCUCUAUCUCAGCUUUUCUUUUCACUGAAUGUUGAUUCCUUUUUAUCAUUUUCUGUUAUAAAGAGAAAUCAAUUCUUGGUUUUAGAGCUACCUUUUGCACGGAAAUUAUGGGUUUCUGUUAAAACAAAAUAAAAAACAGAGAAGCAUUUAAAUUCUCAUUUUCGAGUACUUUCUCUGCCUUUCUUUCCUUCAAAACCCAGUGUGUUUCUUGCUGUUUUUGUUGAUUUAACGUGUUUUUAUACGUGGGCUUUGAUUUAACUUGAAGAAUUAACGUUUAGUUUUUCUGUUUGAUUAUCAAGACAAGUAAUUUAGUUUCUUUAAUAUUGAUCAAAGCAGAGUGUCUCUGUUUUCUAGUGUGAGGGUUGAGUUUACUUUAAGGAAAAAACAGGACAAUAUAAAACAAAGAAGUAAUUACCACUUGAGAGAGAAGGUUUUAGUGUCCAACUUGAAGCAUAAAACUCUUACCUGAAUUUUCAGACUCCGGUGACCCGGAAAAGACUUGAUCUUUUUUUAUAACAUUGCCAUUUCUUCCUUUUGUUGCCAGCAAAGGGUUUUUAUUUAUUUUUAGUUUCUGUGUGAUAAAGAUAAAGAAAAAAGAAAAAAAGAAAAAGGAAGUAAUAUUGUUUUUUUUUUUUUGCCUUAUAUUUAGAUGCCCAAACGUCAAAAAUAGAAUUCCCUAGCAUUUCUGCUUCUUUCUUUGAAUAGGGAAAUCAUAUCCCUGCAAUCUCUCACUCUCUCUUCUCUUUCUUCCUUUCUCUCUAUUACCUCUCCUCUGUUUUUGCUCACAGGGACAAGAGGAAAGCGCUUUGACUCUGAAACUUCCUCUCUUUAAAAUCAUGUUUCUUGAAAAAGGGUCAAUGCAAUCAAACCUUGAUUGCUUCCUUCAUUGCACAACCCCACGAGUCCAAUCUCAAUUCCUCGCGAAGAGUGAGACUAGAAAUCUAAACAGAUUAUGGCACCCAUGGGAGAGAGACACAGUGGAGUAUUUUACUUUGGGUGAUCUAUGGAAUUUUUAUGAUGAAUGGAGUGCUUAUGGGGCUGGAAUUCCUAUUGUUUUGAACAAUGAUGAAACUUUGGUUCAGUACUAUGUGCCUUAUCUUUCUGCAAUCCAAAUUUUCACAAGCAAUUCUUCAGUCAACAGUUUCAGGGAAGACACCGAGUCCGGUGAUGGCGAAACGAGGGACUCCUUUAGCGAUUCGUGGAGUAAUGAGAGUGUGACUGACAAGGUAUGUAGGUCGGAUGGAUGCUCAUCAGAGGAAGGAGGGUCAGAGCAAGACAAUCCUUGGCCUAUAAAUGAUAGAUUGGGGCGACUAUAUUUUGAGUACUUUGAGAGAUCAACUCCUUAUGGAAGAGUUCCUUUGAUGGAUAAGAUUAAUGGAUUUGCUCGACGAUUUCCGGGUUUAAUGUCAUUGAGAAGUGUAGAUCUUUCACCAGCUAGUUGGAUGGCUGUUGCUUGGUAUCCAAUCUAUCACAUUCCAAUGGGAAGAACCAUAAAGGACUUGUCCACAUGUUUCUUGACCUACCACACCCUCUCAUCAUCUUUUCAAGAUAUGGAUGUAGAAGAUGACAUUGGGAGCCCAGAAAAGAAGCGAAAGGAAGGGGAAAUCAUCACUCUCCCUCCAUUUGGUUUGGCCACUUACAAGAUGCAAGGGAAGUUGUGGGUCUCAGGCAAUGGCGGUAGGGACCAAGAGAGGCUAGUCUCACUUUUAAGUGUGGCAGAUUCAUGGCUAAAGCAACUAACGGUCCAGCACCAUGACUUCGAUUACUUCACGGGGAUUAAGGGUGGCUAAAACCAUAACUUAAAGAUUUGAUUUUUGGAACCUCCAUUUGAUAUAUAGGGAUUGAUUGAUCACUAAAAUCCUCCAUUUUUUUUUUGCUGGAUUUCCUGCUUGAUAGCGUGGCAUGGUGUCCGAGGAGUGAGGACUCUAGCUAGUUCUUUCUCAUAUAACCAAGCUCAUCUUUUAGCCAGUCAGUGUUAAUGUGGUUUGAUCAGAAAAUAGAGUAUGUGAGUUGAGUCAAUGCUCUCCUUUUCUUGCUGCUGUUUAAGUGGUUAAUGAGACCUUCUGUGUAGAGUGAUGGAUGAGGUCCUUGAGGGAUAUAGGAUUAGAGGCUCAUCAACUUUGAUCUUCAUUUGGAUUGUGUAAUCUUCUCUUGAAUAUUAUGAAAUCAUUGAAAUUGAGGAAAUUAAUGAUAAUUUUGCAAGCUUAA